AUGAGCUCUGCACCAAGCAACCACGAAUCCACCAACAGAAUUGGCAGCACGCCAGCCCAGGUUAGCGCAGAACAUCAGCUCGGCGGUUCUUUCGUCAAUCCUAACCAUGUGCCUUCAACGUGUAGNCGUCAUGUCAUCUCCGCUGCCCAAGCACAGGAAGUUCUGAAUGCUGCCGCAAAGUGCGCCGAAACCGUCACUCCGCAGUGCAUUGCUAUCUGUGAUCCCUCUGGUCUUCUGGUCGCGUUCUUGCGCAUGGACAAUGCUUAUCCCGGCAGUAUUGACUUGAGCAUCAAGAAGGCUCGUACCACAGUACUGUUCAAUGGACUGCCCAGUGGUGUUGUCUACGAUCUUGCACAGCCUGGAGCACCAUUCUAUGGUAAGUGUGUGGGGACUCGAGCGCUCUGGCUCAUGCUCACAGCCUCGUANGGCAUUCAAGAGACCAAUGGUGGUCUGGUCGUCUUUGGCGGUAGUCUGCCCCUAUACAAGGACAACUUCCUUCUGGGGUCGAUCGGUGUCAGUGGAGGUUCUCCCGACCAGGAUCUUCAGGUCGCACAGGCUGGCGUCGACUGGUUGAACAAGUCCGAGUAG